AGUCUCCGCCCAACUACUUCCUCUUUUACUGUGGCAGUCCGCGAGAGACACCAUGAAGGCGUCGGGAACAUUGAGGGAAUAUAAAGUGGUCGGGCGCCUCUUGCCCUCGGCCAAGCUCAUCGCUCCUCCUCUGUACCGCAUGAGGAUCUUCGCCCCCAAUCAUGUGGUGGCCAAGUCCCGCUUCUGGUACUUCGUCUCCCAGCUGAGGAAGAUGAAGAAGGCCUCCGGCGAGACGGUCUAUUGUGGCCUGGUACACGAGAAGACCCCGCUGAAGGUGAAGAACUUCGGUAUCUGGCUGCGUUAUGACUCUCGUAGUGGCACCCACAACAUGUACAGAGAGUACAGGGAUCUGACCACCUCUGGAGCUGUCACACAGUGCUACCGCGAUAUGGGUGCCCGUCAUCGUGCCCGCGCUCACGCCAUCCAGAUCAUGAAGGUCCAAGAAAUUGCCGCCAACAAAUGUCGCAGACCGGCCAUCAAGCAGUUCCACGACUCCAAGAUCAAGUUCCCUCUGCCCCACAGAGUUCUGCGUCGCCAGCAUGCUCCCCGCUUCACCACCAAGAGGCCAAACACCUUCUUCUAGAGGAAUUGUCUGUUAUCACAUUGUGCGGGAACAUAAAAACUUCACGUUUUUGUUAUAUGUCUAUAAUAAAAACGUGUUAAACAACAAA